AUGUCCAUCCCCACACAGCCCACCAACGCUCAAGCCUCGAGCUCAUCCCAAUCUCAAGAUGCAGCCCACGCCUCGGUGCUCAUGCCCUCGGAAUCCAUCCCGGACGACGCGACCCAUAUCCGAGGACCCAACUUUGACAACGCCGUCAACCUGCAAGAGUUGCUAGAGAGCUACGAAAAGAUCGGAUUCCAGGCUACGGGGAUGGCCAAGGCGAUCAAGAUCGUCGAACAGAUGCGACUCGCCCGUUCAAACCCAGACGAACCCCUCCGUCUCUUCCUCGGCUACACCUCCAACCUGAUCUCGUCCGGAUUACGGGAGAUCAUCUGUUUCCUCGCCCGUCACAAGCUCGUAGACUGUAUCGUCACCACAGCGGGCGGGAUCGAAGAGGAUUUCAUCAAAUGCCUAGGGAGUACCGUCCUGGGCGAUUUCGCCAUGGAAGGCGCUGGACUCAGGAAAAGGGGAUUGAAUAGGAUCGGGAACCUGCUCGUACCGAAUUCCAAUUACUGUGCCUUCGAGGAUUGGGUCAUCCCGAUCUUGGACAAGAUGGUGGAGGAGCAGUCUCGAGCCGACCCGGAGCAGGACGAGGACGAGGAGGAGAAGAAGAUGGUCUGGACGCCAAGCUCGGUGAUAAGACGGUUAGGGAAAGAGAUUGACAACGAGGAGAGCGUGUAUUAUUGGUGUUACAAGAACGACAUCCCCGUCUUCUGCCCCGCCCUGACAGACGGCUCGCUGGGCGACAUGAUCUACUUUCACACCUACAAGAACCCGGGCCUGAUCAUCGACAUCGUAGGCGAUAUCCGACGGUUGAACGACAUGAGCGUACGGGCGAAAAAGGCGGGCAUGAUCGUACUCGGGGGAGGGGUCUGUAAGCAUCAGAUCGCGAAUGCCAUGUUGUUCCGCAACGGAGCCGACUAUGCCGUCUAUAUCAACACGGGUCAGGAAUUCGACGGAUCGGAUUCAGGGGCGAGACCGGACGAGGCGGUCUCGUGGGGCAAGAUCCGGGCGGGUGCAGAGUCCGUCAAGGUCUAUGCGGAUGCGACGUUGGUUUUCCCGUUGGUGGUAGCAGCAACAUUCGGAAAGGCGCACUGGGCGAAAGUAUAG